UCAUCCACUCUUCGAGUGGUUCAAAGGUGUGAAGAUGACUGUUCGCUUGUUUAUGCUAGUGAACGGUAACACGUCAGUUUGUUACGUGCUGAAACCGACUAAUGGCUCACACAAACAAAAGUGAACUCUUGUUGACCGAUGCGUGCACUUCUACGUCCGCGCAUAAAGAAAGCUGUUUCACCUUUACCAACACUACUAUGAGAACCCUGAGUGUGCCUCGUCUCAUACAUUUGGUGAUUAUGGCGACAGUGUUGUUUAUCUGGUGUCCUGUACUAGCUCACAGAGGACCUCGUACUUUAGUGUACCCAAAGGGUGGUAUAUGCAAGUUUAUCGUGGGAGUAGGAAUACCUGUGGACCAACCGAAGAGAAUCUUGACGCUGGGUCUUAACUUCCAGUUCCAGUACAUGACCCCACAAAACUUCAGUCUUCUAAGACAAUAUCCUGAGAUACAGACGCGUUCUCUCCGGGAAACAGUAAACAGGGGCACAACGUAUCAGGCGCUGCAGGUUGUCAUGGAGAGGCACGGAAUUGAAGGCCGGACGUGUCUGUUGAGAACCAUCUGCGAAGUAGCAGAAACACCUUUACACCACAGUGGACUUGUCGGAGAACUAAUGCAUGUCAUGCUUACACCUGGUUACGGUUCCAACAUGGAAGAAGUGAUCGAUUCGGAUUAUCACGAAGCACGUCGCCUCGGAGCGGAAGGAGUCGAUUGUCACAAAGCCUACCCUACGUGUCCCUUCGGCCAUGGACUACUAGAUCUCAUAUCAAUGGUCGAUAAUUAACGCAAAUGGACGGUUUCACUCGUCUGCGUUCUUCCAGACUCUAUAGAACGAGGAAGGACAGCCAGGAUGGUUCAGUUUCACGGCGACAGAACCUGGGAACGUCGAGAUAAAAAUUAAGUGAAAGAUACGGUUUCAAGUAUUUGCACUGGCCCGCUAGGAAAACGA